GCAGGCAGAGCUGUCAGGAGCCGGAGGCCGUUUGUACUUGGCCGCGGCAAGGCUGACUCCUGCUCCCCUGACAGACAGGGGCGGGGGUUGAGAGGCCGCUUGUCUCGGGACCUGCACGUGGGGAUCUCAAAUUCUUCCUUCGGGCUCCGCUCGGGACCCGGCGACAGCCACGAGUCGGGGCGCUGCGCGGCCCGGACGCGAUGGCUCCCUUGAGGAGUGGGGAGGAAGGUGGCACAGAGUACGGCGCCCCCCUCGCGCCAGAGGCAGCAUGAGUUGGGCGAAGGGCGGUAGCAGCAGCCCCAGCAGCCUCUGCCGACACCUCCUGCGGGCCCUCGUCAACUCGCCCCCGCGCACCAUGCCGACCCCCGGUCUGCACAGCCCGCAGCGCAGCGCCGACCGCCACCGCGGCCCCUGCUAACCUACGCGGCAGUGCCCUCGGCCGCAGGGGCCGGCCGCCCGCGCCGCGCCCCGGGGAGGCGGAACCGCGGUGCGCCCGGAGCCCCGGCUCAGCCCUUUGCUCUCCAGCUGCAUCCCCCUCUAGGCAGCCCAGGGCGCGCAGAGGCGAUGGGGGCGCUGCGGGCGCUCUGCCUUCUCCUGGGCUGGCUGUGCUGGGGCCCGGCGGCCGCCCAGCAGCCCGGAGAAUACUGCCACGGCUGGGUGGACGUGCAGGGCAACUACCACGAGGGCUUCCAGUGCCCGGAGGACUUCGACACGCUGGACGCCACCAUCUGCUGCGGCUCCUGCGCGCUGCGCUACUGCUGCGCCGCGGCCGAUGCCAGGCUGGAGCAGGGCGGCUGCACCAACGACCGCGGCGAGCUGGAGCACCCGGGCAUAACUGCGCAGCCUGUCUAUGUUCCCUUCCUGAUUGUGGGCUCCAUCUUCAUCGCUUUCAUUAUCCUGGGCUCCUUAGUGGCGAUUUACUGCUGCACCUGUUUGAGACCCAAGGAGCCCUCCCAGCAGCCAAUCCGCUUCUCGCUCCGCAGCUAUCAGACAGAGACCCUGCCCAUGAUCUUGACCUCCACGAGCCUCAGGGCACCUUCCAGGCAGUCCAGCACGGCCACCAGCUCCAGCUCUGCAGGGGGCUCCAUCCGCAGGUUCUCCUUCGCCAGGGCGGAGCCAGGCUGCCUGGUGCCCUCACCACCCCCGCCUUACACCACAGGCCACCCAAUCCACCUGACCCAGCCAUCCGGUUUCCUGGUGUCCCCCCAGUACUUCACUUACCCACUCCAGCAGGAGCCGCCGCUGCCUGGGAAGAGCUGUCCAGACUUCAGUUCCAGUUGACAGGCCUCGGCCUGAAAUCCAGCGUGUAGUACAAGGGCAGACAGGUGGAGCUCUGCUGCCAGUGCUACAAGUAUUUCUGAGGAAAUUUCCCUGGAACCCGGCAACGUCACGGAGGAAAGUGCAGGGGAAAUGCCACGCCUUCUCAUCUGAAGGUUCCCGGCUCCAAACACAGAAUGGCUGUUAGAUAAUCGGUUACUGGCUUUGAAAACAUGGUGACCACUGCAUUUCAAUUUAUGCUACUUCUAUUCAAAAUAUGCAGCAGCUUGACUUUAAAGUUGCAAAUUGGCUGAAGAUGUUUUAUUGGACAGCUGGGCUCUAUUUGUAGAAAAGGUCUACACAUUCUCUUUUUCAUUGUAAGUUGUAGUGAGUUAUAGUACAAAUAUAAACACAAAUAAGCAAGAAAAAUACCUGAUUGCAAUUAAUGAAGGUUCACUUAAAACAAUUAACUACUAAGUAAACUGAGGGGACAGUGAACAACCUAUUUAUGAUUUUGGGGGGCAAUCUAAUCAUGGAUAAUAUUGGCAUCAUGAGAACAGUUGUUUUAAAAUUAAUAACUAAAUUUUGUUUAACAUAUAAGAGCUUUUUUAGGGUACAAGAUUUCAGUAACGACAUGAGGAGUUUAAAGUUUUAAAUAUUUACUCAGAUAUUCAUUGUAACACAAAUCCUAUAUAAAAGAAUUCCCCCCCACCUGAGGGAAUAUUUAUUCCAGGCUUUUUGUUCAGCAACAUUUAGUAUGUAAAUGAAGGUUGGACAGUGGUUCUUAAAACAUUUAUUUGUAAAAUGAGUUAUGUAUAAAUGUAAAGAUUUGUAAUUUAAUGUAUUUACCACAGCAAUGGUACUAAUUAUUAGUAGUCACACUGUAAUUUUUUAUGUUAAUAAUAACUGUGGAGUUCAAAGUCCAGCUAUUGUUUAUAAUCAUUUAAUAUUACAUGUCUUAAGUGCCAUUGAAUUCCAUGUCUGAUGACUACAUAUUUGGGCAUAUAUCCUGUUGGGUUAGAAUACAUAAAAUACAUUGUUUUUGUGGAAUCUAUUUGAAGAUUUGGAUCAAAGUGCUUUGCUUUAUCUCCUUAGCAAUAUUUGUUAUUGAAUAAAAGGAAAUGUCUUUACUUCACACUUCAUGUUUUAAAAUGAUAAAAGGCAGAUUCUGCACUGGUAUUGAAUUGCAUUAAAAAGUUAAUUUCUA